AUGGAGUGGACAGCAGUUACGAGCAAGAAACAGAAGAAGCAACAGAAGAAGAAAGCCAAUCAACAGCAGCAGCACCAACGACCGCAGCAGCAGCAGCAGCAGCAACAGCAACGAAAGGCUAACUCUGACAAUGCUAUCAGCAAGAAGACGGAGAACAGAACAAACCCUGUACCGAAGAGGAGGAGACCACCCCGAACAGCGGCGGUGGCAAUCAAAGGUGUUGCGGAAGGUUUCUCGUACUCGGCAGCGCUUAAGAAACUCAGGGACGGAAUCAAGCUCCCAGAACUAGAGAUUGAAAAGACAACAAUCAGGCAUGCGGUAAGCGGCGGACUGUUGAUCGAAGUGCCGGGAAAAGACAAGGCCACGAAAGCUGAACUACUCAGGGAGAAAGUCUGCAGUAUUUUGGGGGACGAAGCCAAGGUCACAAGACCGGUUAUAAAGGGAGAUGUUCGUCUGAUCGGCAUAGAUGAUUCGGUGGGAACCGACGAAGUGGCGGAUGUGAUUGCAACUGCAGGCGGAUGUAAGCCAAGUGAGGUCAAAGUGGGAGUCAUACGACCGAUGACCAAUGGACUGUUCACGGUCUGGGCUCAAUGUCCUUUGGGAGCCGCAAACAAGGCCUCCUCAAGCGGCAAGAUCAAAAUAGGAUGGACGGUGGCACGCAUCGAGAUCUUGAAGGCCAGGCCCACCCAAUGUUUUAAGUGUUGGGGACAUGGGCACCUGCGAGUCAAAUGCACAUCGACCGUGGAUAGAAGUCGAACGUGUUAUAGAUGCGGAGCGGAAGGACACCCUGCCCUCACAUGCACGAACCCGGUUCGAUGCAUUCUAUGUGCAGAGCAGGGAAAAGAUUCCAAUCACAGAAUCGGUACGAGGAUGUGCAAAGCAGACUUCAGAGCUACAACUGGAGCGGCACGACCACAGCCACCUCAAGAAGCCAUGGAUACGGAGGAUGCGGGACGGAGGCCCGAAGAGACAUUAGAGACAAAUGUACAAUCUCCUGCAGUGCAACCUGGCGCGUAG